AUGAAAAUAUCAAAUUAAAUUAUUGGAACUGGCUUAACUUGCAAAGUUUAAGUUGUUUAGAUUUAAGAUAAGAAUUACGCAAUUAAAAUAUACAAAGAUAAUUAUUCCCUUAAAUUAAUUAAUAAAGAGAUUAAUAUACUGAAAUAAUUGAAUCACACAAAUAUUAUCAAAAUUAUUGAUAGUAAUAUUGAAAAAAAAUAUAUAAUUACAUAACUUUUAAAUGAUAUGGAUCUAUUUGACAUUAUAGCAAAGGAUUAAAAACCUUUUCUAUUAAAAUCUAUUAAAUAUUUCAGUUAAAGACUUUCAUGUGUUAUUUAAUAUUUACACAACAUUGGUGUAGUUCAUAGAGAUAUAAAAUUAGAAAAUAUAUUAAUUGAUGAAUACUUAGAUUUAAAACUAUGUGAUUUUGGAUUUGCUGAAAAAAUGGAUUAAAAUUUCGUUUAAAAAUGUUAAGGUACUUUAGGGUAUUUAGCUCCUGAAUUAUAAACAAUUGGCCUUAUAAAUGUUUAAGAUUUACCUAAAGCAGAUGUAUAUUCAUUAGGAGUAUGCAUAUUCAUUUUGGCUUUUGCACAUCCACCAUUUAAAGCUGAUUUAAAAUCUUGUCCCUUCUGGAAUUUAAUUUAAUAAAGAUAAUGGUAGAGUUAUUGGGCAUUAGUUGAUAAAUAGAAUAAAUUUAAUUAAGACUUUUAUUCCUUUAUGGAAGGAAUGUUAGAAUAAGAUCCUUAAAAUAGAUUUACAAUUGAAGAAGUUGUACAUCACCCAUUUUUAAUAGGAGAAUGGAAAGAAGAAUUUAAAACAGAAAUUAGAGUGAGAUUAAGAUAAUAAUGA